AUGGGUGGAAUGGGAAAAACAACUUUGGCAAAGGUUGUCUUCAAUCAUGAGAUGAUUAAACAACAUUUUCAUAAAACAUUUUGGUAUUCUAUAAUAAGGAUCAUUGAAAAAUCUGAAAAUAGCAUUGUUGUUACUACAAGAAGUGCUGAUGUUGCAAAAAUUGUGGAAACACUUCCUAGCCAUCAUUUACGUGAAUUAUCUGAUGAUCAAUGUUGGUCCUUAUUUAAGGAAAGUGCAGGUGCAUAUGGGCUAUCAAUGAAUUCAAGUUUGGAGGUCAUUCGAGAAGAGUUGGUUAAAAAAUUUGGUGGCAUACCUGUGGUUGCAAGAGUUCUAGGGAGGGCAGUAAAGUUUGAAGGAGAUUAUGAUAGAUGGAUGACAAUAUUGAAAAGUAUAGUAAGAACUCCAUUGCAAGAGGAAAAAUUUGUUUUAUCAAUAUUAAAGUUAAGUGUGGAUCGUCUACCAUCAUCUUCAUUAAAGCAAUGCUUUGCUUACUGCUCAAACUUUCCCAAAGACUACAUUUUUUAUAAAGAAGAACUAAUUCGAAUGUGGAUUGCACAAGGGUUCAUUCAGCUGCAACAAGAAAGAAUCAACCUAUCAAUGGAAAACAUAGGAGACAUGUACUUCAACAUAUUGUUGUCUCGCUGCUUAUUUCAAGAUAGCGUCAAAGAUGACAAGGGGAGAAUUAUACAUGUUAAGAUGCAUGAUCUUGUACAUGAUAUUUCAUAUGAGGUAUUAAAUGACAAAAUAUUGCAAUUAGAUCUUAUGAAUUUAUUGAAGGAAGAACAUUGGAAGAAAGAGAGUGAAACAAUUGCUAGCAAGUUCCGCACGAUGGUUUGUUACGAAGACAUGCUUCACAACGAAGAGAAGACGAUUGGCGAUAAGAUUGUGAAAUUUGUUCAUUUGCGAGUUUUGAUCAUGGAACCAGAAUAUAUUCACAAGUUACCAAACUCAAUUGGUAGGUUGAAACACUUGAGAUACCUCCACAUUUAUGGUUAUUCCAUUUUGGGUACUCACACAAUAGAUAAGGUUCCAGAAUCUAUUGCCUUACUUUAUAAUCUGCAAACGCUAAGGAUUGAAAACUUACCGAUGGUAGAUCUUUCGAAGAAUUUACGAGAAUUGGUUAGUUUAAGACAUUUGGAAUUUUCGAUGAAUAAUUUUGUUGCCAAUAAGAUGCCUCCAUAUUUGAGUAAGUUGACUAAGCUUCAAACAUUGUCCAAUUUUGUAGUAGGAUAUGAGAAGGGUUGUAAAAUUACGGAACUUGGAUUUUUGAAAAACUUGAAAGGUAGUUUGAAGCUUUAUUGUCUCGAGCAAGUGAAAAGCAAAGAAGAAGCCAGCUCUGCAAAAUUGGUGGACAAGGAGAACUUGGAUAGCCUGGCUUUUCAUUGGAUUAAUGGGUAUGGGAUAAGAAAAGUCAACAAUCAAAAUGAUUUGGAAGUGUUGGAAGGACUUCAACCACACAAAAAUUUGCAAUCAUUGGAAAUUUGGAAAUUUGAAGGCAAAUUUUUGCCUAACAAGAUUUUUGUUGAGAAUUUAGAAACGAGGCUUUAUAUCAGAGAGUUGAUUGGAGUACGAAGGAUUCUAGGGGAAUUCUAUGGGAAUGAUUCUAAGCAAAGGGCUUUCUUCCCCAAGCUGGAGGAAUUUACACUCAUCUGCAUGGACAGCUUGGAGCGAUGGGAAGAAGAAGUAACAGUUGCUUCAAAUGCUACCACUUUUCCUCAUCUUCAAAGCUUGCAAAUUUUUUAUUGUCCUGCAUUGUUGAACAUUCCAGACCAUUUUGGUUCUUCAAAUCUUAGAUUUCUGGAAAUUUCAAGCUCUGAAAAAUUGACCAAACUUCCAGACGGGCUACAAUUAUGCCAUUCCAUUCAAAAAUUGAGAAUAGACCAUGGCUCCAAUUUGAGCUUGAAUUUGCAGAACAAGAACAUGUUGUCUCAGCUAAGCAUUGGUCCCUUGAAAAAGUUGCCAGAGGAGUUAGCCCACCACAUGAACUUGCAAGAACUGAGAAUUCAUGGAUGCAUGCAAAAUUACGAUUUUAGCCUUCUCAUGCACCUUCAUUCUCUACAAAACUUCAUUUGGAUAGGUUUGUCAGCUGUUUUGUAUAUGAAUGGUUGUAUGGUGGAAGGUGUAAAUGGAGUUGAAUAUGAUCGACCGCCAUGUGGAGGUUUCACAAUUAAUGUGAUGAUGGAAUUACUUGUAUAUGUUAGAAACAUAGUCAAUGACACACCUAGCCAAUGUCUCAACGAGGACCUUGAGCCUGAACCAAUUGUUCUCCUAAGUGAUAAUGUGGAUGAGAAUAUAGACUUACCUACUGAAAAUAGUUCUGUCGAAUUGAGAACUCCAACAGAUGAUGAAUUUGAUCAAUUGGAUUUCGAGGGUCAUGAAUAUAAUAUCCCUUCAGACAUGUUCAACGACUUGGGAAUGAAUAUCAUGAAUAGUACAGAACAUGAUCCAAUCGUUAAACCAGUGGCUAUAGAACAUGAUUUGUUGUAUAAGGGGUUUAGAUGCAAAGAUAACAAACAACGAAAUUCACCACCCAUAUGCAGUUGUAGAGUCGACACCCUCAAAUAUAGUGGGAGACAUCUUCAAAGGCUUCAUCAGAUGUAUAGAGUACCUAUACCUACUCACAGCCAUACGCGUAGAGGACGUCGUCAAUUAGAGCAAGAUGCUCCAAACGAGCCUAACAUUCCUGAACCUGAAGCUAUAUAUCAUAAUGUCGAUGGCGUUCCACCUUUUAUAAAGACACAAAAUGAUGUUGGCCCAUGCACGCCUAUGGUUAUGAUACCGACUCCUAGUUCGAGCCAUGUUCACACACCAGUACAGUAUGGUUAUGAUGGUGAUGGAUGUGGGCGUGGAGAGUAUGGACAAUACCUCAACCCUAUUGAGGAUCAACAAACAUCAGAGACAUUGAGAGCUCCUCGUUGA